GAUGUUCCUUUAAGGCGUGACGCAGCUCAACCAGUGGCCCACUUUGUGCAGCCAGCAGCGGCCGUCCGCAGCAGCCAGUUCGGCCGCCCGGCUCGGACCCGAUUCGUCGGUGCUCUGCUGUGCCUUCCUGCUUCCACCAUGGAGUUUUUACUCGGGAACCCGUUCGGGACGCCGGUGGGACAGCGCAUCGAGAGUGCAACCGGCUCCAGCCUGCCGUCGGAAGACUGGUCUUUGAACAUGGAGAUCUGUGACACCAUCAACAACUCGGAAGAAGGGCCUAAAGAUGCAGUCAGAGCCAUAAAGAAGAGGAUUGUGGGGAACAAAAACUUUAAGGAGGUCAUGCUAGCGCUCACGGUGCUAGAAACCUGCGUGAAGAACUGUGGAUACAGGUUUCACAUCCUUGUGACCACAAGGGAUUUCAUAGAGGGGGUUCUGGUUCGCUCCAUCAUCCCCAGGAACAACCCUCCUCUGAUCGUGCAUGACCGAGUGCUCAGCAUUAUCCAGGCGUGGGCUGACGCUUUCCGAAGCUCGCCCGACCUGACGGGUGUCGUGUCCGUUUACGAAGACCUGCGCAGGAAAGGACUGGAGUUCCCCAUGACAGAACUGGACGGCUACGCCCCGGUCCAAGCCCCCAAAAGGACUUUGCCUCGGAACGGGCCUGUUGUCGCGCUGCUGUCUUCCAAACCUCCCCUAAACCCGCCCCAGACCCUUGAGCUAAAGCAGACGCUAGAUGGAAGUGAUGCCUUCACUCCCAAUCAGGUGAAGGCGCUAAAGACAGAGCUGGGAGUGGUGCGGAGCAACCUGACAAUGAUGUCCGAUAUGAUGAGUCAGCUGGAUCCCGUCACCAUCAAACAAGCCGACAUGGAGCUGCUAGAGCAGUUGUACACCGUGUGUAAGGACAUGCAGGACAGGAUUGUGAAGAUGGUCCCCAAGCUUAGCGAAGAGAAGCUGAUCGAAGAGUUGCUGGCGACCAACGACCAGAUGAACACGGCCUUCUCUCGCUACCGCAGGUUUGAAAGGCAGCUCACCAACGGUCCUGAUGAGACGCAGACGAGCCAUACCUACGUCAACCUAACCGACCUCGAUGUCAGCCAAUCAGAGGCUGCGGCAGUCACCAAUGGAGGCUCGCUCAGCCAAUCACAAGAGGACAGCUUGUCCAGCCAGAUGGCAGGCCUUGAUGUACAUGGUGUAGAUGGCGUAGAUGACGUGGAUGCAUUAUUCCAGAAAAGAAAUGUCUCCACUGAAAGAGGAAGGGAAAAUGCGGACGUUGGACAGGGUGGCCUGGCCCAAGCUGAGGACAAGAUGAUGCUAAGCUCUAAAACGGAAUACAGCCCAUCCUCGUCCCGCAGCUCCUCGCCAAAGCUAGACUGGAUGCUUAAAAGGGGAAUGAUUCCUGUCAAGCAGUCCAAUGUCAUGGACGACAUAGAGAAAUGGCUUUCACUGGAAGAUGAGUACGAAGACUUUGAGGAGUCUGAUGGUGUCACGAGUGAAGAGUUCGACAGGUUCUUGGCACAAAGAGCCAAAGCGGCUGAGCGGCUGCCUUCAGUGAGCCGGUCUUCCCAGGACGCCGACCACUCCGAGUCCUGAGCCCCCCCCCCCGCCUGCCAGCCGGACAGGACCCGCAAAGGCCCUGUGAGUCAGGGGAGAUGAGCCGUGCUUUGCUGUCAUGAAUGCCACUGGCGCGGCGGCCAUGAGGGAUUGCAGCCCCCGUUUAGUACCCGUGUUAUCGCUUUGCUGGGGUCUUGACCUGACCGUGUGUGUGACGGACUCUACUUGACCUUUUAUUAUGUGGUGGUAAUGCAAACAUUUGCACAAUUUCUAUGGUUACAUUCCUGCUAUUGAAGGACUUUUGCAACAUGAAUAACUAUAUUGCUAUAUUGCUAUAUUGCUAUGAGUUCUGGACAUCUCAGGAUGGAUCAUGCCUCUGUCAACGUAGCAAACGUUUAACUUAUGUACAACGACUUUUAAUAUUAAUGUAGGUUCUGAAGGGAAAUGGCAUUUAGUUUCUUGUUUUGUUUUUUUUUACUUCCAUAACAUUCCUCUGUUAAGAAGUUUUAAGUUUCAUUGCAGACUGCUGUUGUAUAAUAAACCAAAUGACCAAGAAUGCAGUCAUUCUAUUAUUUGCCAGAAACACAGUACUACACUAGCUACUGUAUACCUGUAAUGUAUAAUAUUGGUCAGAUUUUGUUACUCGGUUUUAAUUCGAUUUGAAUGAUAGCCAAUAGUUUUUGCAUUUCUUCAGAUAUUGUUCACUACUGUACACUACUAUUUUGCCUAAAAGAGAAAAA